CUUUGGUCACGAGCGUAUGGUUACCAUGGGGUGCAGGAGCAGGCAUGGGCCUCAUCAGCUUCCUAUUUUGCGUUGCACGUAUCGUGGUUGCCGUGCUGCUAGUUAUUUUGACCCCAACUAUUUCAAUAGGCGCAGGCGGUUGGGUAGCCUAUGGCAUACUGAUCGUCUUUUGCCUUGUUUAUCUUACGUUGUUUCUGAUUCUUGUUAUCAAGGUCAUCGAAGCUGUUGUGCGCAUUCUUAGUCGGGUCGGCUUUGAUCACUCCAGACGGCCAGUCGAUAGCGUAUUUAUCGGUGUGCUUUCUCUUCUCGGAUGUUGCAGGCCACGGAGAGGUGGUCGCGAACGAAGACACUACAAAGCCACGGAAGUACGACAUUCACCCGUGGCUCGAGACUCUUUCGCUGCACGUGAUUCAUCUCCCUAUGUGCCACCCAACGCAUCUUUCGCGCAGAAAGACACAGGUUCCAGCUCCUCUCAUCAUUCUGGUGGGCCCCCGCCAUCAGUAUUGCGACCCAAGCAUGCUUUGCAGCCCAGGUCUCCGCAGCUCAUACGACCGCACAUCCAUUAGUACACCUCCCCAACACUCCAAUUCAGGUUUCUCCCGCAUCGGUGGCGGUCGCACC